CAAUGGCCGCCCAAUCUUCACUACUGUCGGGUGUGGUAUUUCGUGCGACUAUAGGCCUGCCAGUGUGUCGGCAGUGCUACGGUGCCCUUGGCUCGCUCGGGAGGCCUUCCCCGCGGGGCCUAGGCAGAGCUCCUCGGCGGAGGAAAGCAUCUGGGUUAGCCGUACAAGAAGCCUCGGGGACCAAACACCCGGCGGCUAGCUGGUUGCGUGUGGCCUCGUGGAGAAGAUGCAUGCAGACGUCAACUACACACCCACAUGACGAUGAUUCACGGAAAGAAGCUGUUGAGUUGAUCAACAAACUGACCACUGGCUACUGGGAAAACACCUUCAUCACUGCCGACAGAGCCUGCGAAGAGUACCUACUAGGCCCAGAGGAUUUGGGUGAGCUGACGACCAGAGUUGUACGAAGUGCCCACGAGACGACGUCCUCUUCCAAUGUCGUACUCUAUCUCAAGACUGAUGUGGAGAGAAGGGCUAUCGAGGUGUGGGGUAGCUGGCCAGCUCUUGAGGCCGAGCUAAGGAGAAGACAAACAGCAGAGAAGAGGAGGAGAAACGAAGGCAAGGUGGGCCUUAGUGCUCUCAUUGCCCACCUCAAGAAACUACACAAAGACCAGUCUCGAAUGCAGAGGGAGGCCCAGGUGUACGGAGGAAAGGAAGAAAGGGUUAGUUUUCUCACAGGCUCAGCCAAAGUAGUACUGUUAGCCAUUGUCAGCAAUUUUGCAGUGCUGGUGUUCAAGACGGUUGCCUAUCUCCACACUGGUUCAGCAGCCAUGCUCUCUGAGGCCAUCCACUCACUAGCAGACAUGCUCAACCAGUGUCUGUUGGCGGUUGGUAUAGCUCAGUCUAUUAGGAGACCUGACCCUGAUCAUCCUUACGGCUGGUCUCGGGCUCGUUAUGUCUACUCCCUAAUCAGUGGAGUCGGGAUAUUCUUCCUGGGGUCAGGGGUCACCUGUUACCAUGGCGUCUCGGGAAUAAUGCACCCUCCAGUUCUGGAGUCACUCCCAGUAGCUUUCUCAGUAUUAGCUGCUUCACUGGCUGUUGAAGGAGCCACGCUGUGGGUAGCUGUGAAACAGGUGAGGAAAAGUGCGCAGGAGGCCGAGAUGACUUUCAAGAGCUACGUUCUAAGAGGUCGCGAUCCAGCAGCAGUGACAGUGUUACUAGAAGACAGUGCGGCCAUCACUGGUGUGCUGCUGGCUGCGUCAAUGCUGGGUCUGGCCCAAUACACUGGCAACACUCUCUAUGAUGCAAUGGGCUCCAUUGGCAUUGGAGGUUUGCUAGGAUUUGUGGCGCUGUUUUUGAUACAGAGGAACAGCAGCGCACUCGUCGGACAGUCAAUUCCACGAGAGGAUCUCAGAGAAAUUAUAAAUCUCCUGGAGAGUGAUGUCAUGAUUAGGUCUAUUCACGAUGUCAAGGCAACAGACAUGGGUGCUGACACAGUGAGGUUCAAAGCAGAGGUCAAUUUCGACGGGAGGGAAGUGGCCAGGGCACACGUCAGUAGACUAGACCUCGAGACAGUACUAAAGGAGAUGCAGUCAUUUUCAACGUCGGCUGAUGUAGAGCGAUUUCUACUGCUACAUGGCGAACACAUUGUUGACGUAUUGGGCAGCGAGGUUGACAGAAUCGAGUCAAAAAUCAAAAAACAUGCUCCAGAAGUAAGACAUUUAGACUUGGAGAUCCUUUGA